AUGGCAACAUGGAGGCGGUCUCGUGUUGGCCCCGUCCAGAGGCCGUGGAAUGCCCUGCGGAAGACCCUCGUUGUGCAAAUUUGGUCGUGGCUGUGUCUUUCGAGAGGUGGGACUGAAGGUUGGGGUUGGGAUUGGAGUGAGCGAGUUGGCAGGGCCACCAAGGGCUGGGCGAAAACGACCAAGACCCACGGGCGGGAACUGGGCAUUGAUGGUCAAGACGGCACCAAUGGCCCAUGGGACCUGCCAAUGAAUCCUGGAGCGUGGAGAAACCUCCUCAUGGAGGCCAAGAACUCGGACACUGGAACGAGGAACGAGGAUCGAAGAAACAAUAAUAAUAAUAAGGAGGGGGUCGGGGGGGCGAAUGAGUCUUCCACGGCCGAUGUGAAAGGUGCGUGGAUCAUGCAGCACGGCACUGUGUCCGCCAAAAUGAAGUCCCCAUGGAUCCAACAGCUCAAGUCGAAACAAGAGUGGUCGGAAUGCAGAGAAACUUGGUCCAGUGCAGCAGCGGGAUCGGAGGAGGAUGAGUACAUAUACUUGGGUAUACAGUAUCAAUUCUCAAAACUCACGCACCUGGCCAAGGAUGAGCCCGGUGUGCCAGUCGAGUUCAUUCCACAAGCGUUCAGCAACAACACUUCUUCCGAGGCGGAGAAAAUCUGCGACUGCGGCAAGGGAUACUGGCAUAAUCAAUACGUGUACAGAUACUUUGUACUGUCGAAGCAGAAACCCAUCGAGAUGUUGCUGCGGGUCUAUACACGGACGACAAGCCACGCCAAGCCAAGCCAUGCCGAUGUCGAUGCCAAUGCCGAUGCCGUAAGCACCGCAUACCUCAACAUCUCCCAGCCAUGCCGUAAUCAAUGGUGA